AUGGAUUUCCUCCUCGAGAUCCUCGACCCUUACGUCUUCGACUACGGAUACGCCUACUUCUUCCCCCAACAAUCCUCAUCCUCCCCGGCGUCUUCCGGAUUCUCGAGCAACACGACCAGCUUCACCGACUCGACCUCAAAGACGCCCUACGACGAUGCCUACUCCCUCAACUUUGGCUCCUCGCUCGCGCGCGACAACAUCUACCGCCAGUCCGCAUCCAUCCUCCUCAUCGCCGGCUUCGGCGCGUCCAUAAUCUACGUCAUCUCGGCCGCCCUGUCAUACUACUUCAUCUUUGACCGUCGUCUCGAGUACCACCCGCGUUUCCUCAAGAACCAGAUCCGUCAGGAGAUCCAGUCGAGCUUCUUCGCCAUCCCCAUCAUCGACCUCCUCACCCUGCCCUUCUUCCUCGGCGAGGUCCGCGGCAAGAGUCUGCUGUACACCAGAAUCGACGAGUACGGCUGGUGGUGGCUCGGCGUGUCUACUCUUCUCUACAUGGUCUUUAACGAUCUGGGCAUCUACUGGAUUCACCGCCUGGAGCAUCACCCCAGUGUCUACAAGUAUGUCCACAAGCCUCACCACAAGUGGAUUAUUCCCACGCCCUGGGCUGCCAUCGCUUUCCACCCCGUGGAUGGAUACCUCCAGUCUCUCCCCUACCAUGUCUUUGUCUACAUCUGCCCCAUGCAGAAGCACCUCUACAUGUUCCUCUUCGCCCUCGUCCAGGUCUGGACCAUCCUCAUCCACGACGGCGACAUGAUCACCGGCCACUGGCUCGAAAAGUUCAUCAACUCUCCCGCCCACCACACCCUCCACCACAUGUUCUUCACCUGCAACUACGGCCAGUACUUUACCUGGGCCGACAACUACUGGGACUCGCACCGUCCCCCCAUGCCCGAGCUCGACCCCAUCCACGACGCCCUCAAGGUCAUGCGCGAAAAGGGCCUCGUCGACAAGGACGGCAACCCCAUCAAGAAGGCCAAGGGCGAGUAA